UAUAUAAUUAUUUGUAUAAAACCCAGGUUAAAGACCAAACUAAACUAGUUCUCCAGCAUGUCUGGCUUUAAGCUCCUUCUUCUGUUUGCAUUCCUUUUUCAUGAAGGAUAUGGGUACACAGAAACCCAUUGCCAAGAUAAGAAGCAGGUGAUUGUUCAUCUGUUCGAAUGGUCCUGGGACUCUAUAGCCAGAGAAUGCGAGGAAGUGCUUGGACCCAAAGGAUUCUGUGGCGUCCAAGUCUCCCCACCUAUGGAGCAUAUUCAAGGCGGUCAAUGGUGGACUAGAUAUCAGCCAGUUUCCUACAAACUUGAGUCAAGAUCUGGAAAUAGAGAUCAGUUUAUCAGCAUGGUUAACAGAUGUAAUGCUGUAGGAGUAAACAUUUAUGUUGAUGCUGUGAUCAACCACAUGACUGGACAUGGAGGAAGUGGACAAGGAACUGGAGGAUCCUCUUAUGAUGGUCCCAGUGAAAGCUAUCCUGGAGUUCCUUUCUCAAAUUUGGACUUCCAUCAACCUUACUGUGAAAUCUCCAACUACAAUGAUGCAAAUGAUGUCAGAAACUGUUAUCUUGUAUCCUUGAAUGACCUUGAUGGUGGUAAAGACUAUGUCCGAGGUAAGAUUGCAGACUACUACAAAGACUGCAUUAACAUCGGAGUAAAGGGGUUCCGUGUGGACGCCAGUAAACAUAUGUGGCCUGGAGAUAUUGCUGCCAUCCAGGAGAGAGCAGGAAAUCUUCCCAAUGGUGGUGCACCGCUUUAUUUCCAUGAGGUUAUUGACAUGGGAGGCGAGGCAAUCAGCGCUAGCGAAUAUUUUGGAGUCGGAAAAACAAUUGAGUUUAGAUAUGGUGUGAAGCUUGCUCAAUGCAUUAGAAAUGGAGACUUCAAUUGUCUUGGAGGAAUUUAUGACCAGGGAUGGGGAAUGGCUGAUGGACUUCAUGCGGUUGUUUUUGUGGACAAUCAUGACAACCAACGUGGACAUGGUGGGGCAGGUGGAGUGCUCACUGCAUCCGGUCCCGGACACAAUGACUGGCAAUACAAAGUAGCAUCUGCCUUCAUGUUAGCUCAUGACUAUGGGUUCAAGAGAGUAAUGUCUAGCUACUACUUUGAUAACUCAGACCAGGGACCACCAGGAGCCCAGCCUGGACCACCAGGGCAGGCCUGCGGAAACGGUUGGACUUGUGAACAUAGGUGGAGCAGUAUUAUGAACAUGGUUAAAUUUGCCAAUGCUGUAGUUGGAACUGGAGUUGAAAACUGGCAGGCAGCUGGAGCAUCCCUGGGAUUCUCUAGAGGCAACAAAGGUUUUGUUGCUAUGGGUGAUCUGAACAAGGAGUACUAUACUGGCCUACCUGAUGGAGAGUACUGUGAUAUUAUUCAAGAUUGCCAGCAGAAAAUCCAGAUAAGUGGGGGCAAGGGAUACUUCAGCCCUGCUAACCCCGAUGAUCCCGUAGUUGCUAUUUGUGUUGGAUGCUAAAUAAGGAUAAAUUUUAUAUGAGAUGUGUUUAUUGGAAUAAAUAAUAAAUCUUGUUCUAUA